AGAAGUAGGAGGUAGAUGGCGACAGUGCACGUCCCACCGUGGAGGAGGGAGGACGUGCUGCAGCUGCUGCUUCCUGUGCUGUUGGUACGUGUGUGUGUGUGCACGAGUGAUUUGGAGUGGCUGCUGCUGCUGACAACAGCUAUCCAGCUAACUGGAAGGAUAGACAGCUGUGGCUUCUACCUGACUGACGGUACAGCUGCAUCAUCAGAUAAAGACAAAGCCACAUAAUGGCAGAUCUUCAAUACAAACUGCAAAGCAGUGCCAAGGUGGGAGAUGCAGAAGGGGUUGAGCGGGCACUAGAGGAGGGGGCUCCGGUAUCGUCCCUACAUGAUGAGGGAAACAGAGAGCCUUUACACCAUGCCUGUGCUGGUGGCCAUGUUGAAGUUGUCAAAUUGCUACUUGCUCAUAAUGCUGAUGUUAAUGCCAUAAGCAAGCAUGGUGGGGAUGCAGGAGCAACGCCUGUCCACCUAGCGGCUGAAGGCGGCUACAGUCGUGUACUCGGGGUGCUACUGGCUGCCGGGGCUGAUGCUAAUUCCUUUGACUACAAUGGCAUGCAGCCAGUGCACCGUGCGGCAACUCGUGGCCGCAAGAAGGUGCUGGAGGUUCUCCGGGACCAUGGAUGUGAUCUCUCCUCCCGGGUUACUACUGACUGGUCCUCAACCCUCCACCAUGCUGCUGCUCAUGGUGAUUUGGAACUGGUAAAGUGGCUGGUAUACAAUGGGGUCAGAUACGAUCUUACCGACAAGGCUGGCCGUAUUGCGCAGAACUUCCCGAGGGUCAGGUACCACCGUAAGGUCCUGAAAUUCCUGAGAUUCAUUGCAAAACAGAACAAAAGACCACAUUCUCGCUCAUUGCCAGGAAGCCCCAACAGCGAUAUCGAUCCACGAAAAUCGCCCAUUACCACAUCUUUAAGAUCCACCACGACUACCACCCCCUUCCACCCUAACCGCAUACACACGACCCCUCGUGUAAGACGAGAAAACCCUCGUAAGGUGAAGCUACAUAUAGUAGACUCUUCAAAAUUUGAGAGUGAAAAUAAGGCGUGGCCCAACACAAGGAUAAAGAAAACUGGCAAAUCAGAAAAUAUUAGUGAAUCUACUCCCUUGAGCAGAGAUAAACUUGGUGAUAUUAAAGCUCAAAAUUUGCCCGACAUAAUCCCACAGCUGCCUGAGGGGACGAAAGCAUUUCCCAAGAAAGGAGAAAAACCCAUUGUGGAUGUAACUAGACGAGAGUCGAACAGAAACUUAAAACAAGGUGGGAAAGAGUGCAGUAAGUUGAUUGAAGAAAAAAUAGGCAGAGAAGAAAGCCUCUCCUCCAUUGACCAGAAGAAGACAGACUUGCGUGGGGAGAAGAAGAAAGGCCCCGUGAAGAGAGCAAGUCUGUCAGAAACUGGCACACCAAAGAGUGAAGACCCAAGACCGGAGGAACCCUGGCAAAUUUGUGGCAGAGAGAAGGAAGAGAUGAAAAUUGUGAAGCCAAAACCUGAACCCGAUGAGACAAAAAGAAAUGGACUUAAAAAAGCUGUAGAAACAAAUGCCCGAGAAACUAAGAAAGGAGAGCUGGAGAAGGAGGGAAACAAGGCUGAGAAAAGAUCGACAAAGGAACUAUAUAAGGUGGACAUUAAAAAAGCAGAUGAACAGACCAGUAACAAAAGAAACCAGGAAGUCAAGAAGGAAGAACUAAAGACUGAACCAAAUACAAGGAAUAUAAAGGAAGAAGUGAAUGCAAAGAAAAAAGAAGAGACAAAACUUGAAGAUAACACUACAAAAGCAAAGAAGGAUAAAGGAAAUGUGGAUAAAAUUAAGACUGAAGAUUCAAAGACAGAUGCAAGCAUAAUUAAAACAAAGAAAGAUGGAGCAAAUGUAAAGAAAACAAUGAAAGAGAGGGAGGAUCCUAAAACGGAGGAAAAUGCUAUCAGUGAUAUGAAGGGAGAAACAUACACAGUGAAAAAGGAAGAUGCAAAAAUAGAAGCAAAAGCAAUGAAAAAGGAAGAAGUAAAAAUAAGAGAUUCAGGUGCAAUGAACAAGGAAGAGGAGUUGGAAGCAAACCCAAAACGGAAGGAAGAAUCAAGGACGAGAGAAAAACCCAUUAAAAUUAAGGUGGAUGCAAAAACUGACAAGAUAAAGGAAAUGGCAAGAAUAGAAGAGGAAAAUGCAAAAAUAAACAAAGAAACAAAAGCAGGAGAACCAAGCAAGACAAAAGAGAAAGAAGAUUUUGCAGCAAAUACGAUGAAAACAAAGAAGGAAGUGGCAAAUGCAAGGACAAAGAAGGAACUGAAGGCAGAAGAUGCUGAAGCAAGAUUAUCUACAGCAAAAGAAUUAACAGAAGUGAAGAGGAAUGAAAAUGAACCAAAGAAAGAUGUGAAAGUAGAAUCAAAAUGCAAGUUGGAAAAGGACCUGACAAAGACAGGGAAACAGAUAGUUGAGGAGCAGGAGGAAGCAAGACCACUAGUCCAGAAUGUAAAACCUAGUUUGACAAAGGUGCACUCCACGGUGAACACUGCCGAAUUCCCAGAAGCAAACGGAAUUGAUAGAGAGACAAAAGGUAGUCGGUCAAAGGAGCCAAAAGCCGGUAAAGUUGACACAAAAGAGGCAAAAGCUGGUAAAGUUGACACAAAAGAGGAGAAGGCCAGUCAAGUUGACACGAAAGAGGCGAAGGCCAGUAAGGUUGACACGAAAGAGGCGAAGGCCAGUAAGGUUGACACGAAAGAGGCGAAGGCCAGUAAGGUUGACACAAAAGAAACGAAGGCCAGUAAGGUUGACACGAAAGAGGCGAAGGCCAGUAAGGUUGACACGAAAGAGGCGAAGGCCAGUAAGGUUGACACGAAAGAGGCGAAGGCCAGUAAGGUUGACACGAAAGAGGCGAAGGCCAGUAAGGUUGACACGAAAGAGGCGAAGGCCAGUAAGGUUGACACGAAAGAGGCGAAGGCCAGUAAGGUUGACACGAAAGAGGCGAAGGCCAGUAAGGUUGACACGAAAGAGGCGAAGGCCAGUAAGGUUGACACGAAAGAGGCGAAGGCCAGUAAGGUUGACACGAAAGAGGCAAAGGCCAGUAAAAUUGACACGAAAGAGGCGAAGGCCAGUAAAGUUGACACGAAAGAGCCAAAAGCCGGUAAAGUUGACGCGAAAGAGAAGAAUGAUGAACCGAAAGUUCGUGUGGAUCAGCAAGUGGAGCGGAAAGCCAGCAAGAGGAAAGCGGAAGUGCAGGAUGAUGCACAAACAGAAGAGACUCAGUCCAGUAAAACCAAGAUGGAGGGAGUACCCGAAGAAAAGCAGGCAGAACCAAGCCAAAUAAUGGGAGGAGAACUGAAUGAAGGUGAAAGGAAGACAGUAGGAACCAGAAUGAAGGUAACAAAGAGAGUAGACUUCAAACCAGUGACACCUGAGGACAGAAUUGGAAGAGAGAGAGCAACAAGGGUAUCUGAAGUACCUAGGUCAGCAGAGGUACAGUUGACCACAGCACCUAAGGGGCAAUUGAAGUCAGCAGCAAGCACCUGCAGUGUUUUAAAAUCUACUAUCGUCAGGUCGCUGAACGCAGCCCAAUUAAUCUGCAAAUCCUCUGUGCCGAAAAUCUACGUAGUCCGAGUCUGCAACCCGUGA